UUAUGCAGUAAAUUUAUAAACGUGAAUUUUGCUUAUAUAUUUUUGUUGGGGAGUAGAGUAGGAUGUAGGAAAGAUAGUGUAAAGUUUUGAGCUUUUUUAUGUGUUGUGGAGUUUUGAGAUGAAGGGUAUGUAAUAAAUCUUGAUGGGAUCUGUGAAAAUUUAAAAAAUGUGCUUUUGGAGUUUGGGAUAGUUGAAUUAAAAUAUUGGUUUUUUUUUUUCUUGAAGAAAAUGUGUUAUUGGGUUUUGUGGAUACUUGAAUUUAAAUAUUGCUAAUGUUCAUGCAAAUGGAACCAAUGCAUGCUUUUGAUGUUGACAUUAUUCUAGCAUAUUUCUGAUUCUCAGAGGACAAGGACAAGGCAAUUACAAAUUUUGCAAAGUUGUCAAAUGUUUGGAUUUUAGAAGAUUUAUGUGGUAGCUUAGCUCUUCUUGAUUAAGUGAAGUAUUUUCUAAUUGUUGUGUCAAUGGAGAAUGGUGUAUACAAUGUUCCAAUGAACAUGGCUGGUCAAAUUUCUAAUGUCAUAGAAGAUAUCACACAAAAGCCACUCAUUCAUUGCUAUUCAUUUGACCUUAACAAUCAAACCAUUAUAAAUGGAAUUCCAAUACUUUCUGCAGAACAAAAUCAACAACAUGUUGAUGUUAGUAGUAGUAGUUUCAUAAAUCAUCCAAAUAUUGCUGAUUCUACUUCAUUUGUUACAUCACAACAUGGAAGGACUAUUGUGGAAAAUCCCUCAAAUCUCAUUGUUAACAACAAUCACUUUUCAGUUCCUGCUAGACUUGGUCUUCAAGAAAAUUUUGAAGCUAUGGUGGUUCCAUACAUGUUCAAUAAUUGGAAUGAUGCAUCGAACUCAAACCCUUUGUGUCCAACUUUUGGUGAUAAUAGUAACCAUGUCAACAAGUUUUUGAAAGCUCAAGAGGGUAAUGGUAAUGGAUUCAUGCCAUAUUCGUCGAUAGCAAACAUUGAUCCGAACGGAUGGCAAUUGUCACAUGCUGCAAACUUAACAAAUGUUGCUUAUAGUUCAUCAAAUUGUAGCAAUGAACUUUCACCAAGUCUUGCAACAUCUCCAAAUUCAGGUCAGUGUUCAGAGAUUAGUUGCUCUGACUUGACUCAUAGCAUGAAUGGAACAAGAUCAGGUUUGGAACAACCUUCAUGUAGUAGUAUGGAACUUUCUAUGAGUUUAGGGAAUGAUAAACAUGUCAAAUUUUCGCCGGCGAUAUUAGGAUCGAGAUACCUUGCUGUAAUUCAGGAUAUACUUGUUCAAAUUGCAACAUAUUCAUUUGAAAAUCUAAAUCUUGAUGAGAUCAAUCAUUCAGCUUCCGGUAUUAGAGGGCGAGGAAAUAAAUCAAGUUCGUCGAACAAAGACAAGCGAAGGAUAGGAGUAAACCGCGACACGAGUUCUAUGUCAGAAGCAUAUGCUGAUUCUUCAUUGCAAAGACAAACUGCUGAAUCAAAGAAAUCACAACUUCUGAUGCUUCUACAGAUGGUGGACGGCCAAUAUAGUCGAUGUUUGGCUGAGAUUCACACCGUUGUAUCUGCAUUUCAUGCUGCUACUGAGCUUGAUCCUCAAAUACAUGCGCAUUUUGCUGUUAAAACAGUUGAUCGACUAUAUAAGGAUUUGAGAGAGAGGAUUAGUAAUCAUAUUCUUGCCAUGGGAUCUAAUAUUAACAGCUCGUGGUCAGAAGAUGAUAAUGAAUUGUCUGUUGAAACUUCAUUCAUUCAAAAGCAAUGGGCUCUCCAGCAGUUGAAAAGGAAAGACCAGUUAUGGAGGCCUCAAAGGGGCUUGCCUGAAAAAUCUGUUUCAGUUCUUCGUGAUUGGAUGUUUCAGAAUUUCCUCCAUCCGUAUCCUAAAGAUGCAGAGAAGCAUUUACUUGCAAUAAAAAGUGGGUUGACUAGAAGCCAGGUAUCAAACUGGUUUAUAAAUGCGCGUGUUCGACUAUGGAAACCAUUGAUUGAGGAAAUGUAUGCUGAAAUGAAUAGAAGAAAGGCUUGUCGAAAUGAAGGAGAAAAUGAGAGCAGUGAAAGAAGCAGGAUAAGCAUUAACAAUCAAUUUUUUAAUAUCAAUUGAAGAAGAAGAAGAAAGUAGCAUAUGUAGCAUUAUAAUAUUCUUGUUUUUUAUUUUGCAAAAUGCUCUACUUAGUGAAGCAUUACUAUUAUUAUAUGAGGAGUUGCAAUUCUCUUGAAAAACAAUGUUAACAAAUACCAAAUUUAUAUUA